AUGAAAGAGGUUGCGUUACUUACAGAAUAUUUAUCAGAUAAACCUGAUAUUCUUGUUGUUGGAGAUAUUAAAGAUAUUGUAAUGAAAGCAGGGCCAUUGCUUAGAGCUGGAAUUGAUAUAGAAAAUGUUAUGGAUUAUUAUAUGGUUGAUAAUAAAUUAGAAGCAACUCGAUUAAUUGUUAAAGGAAUGGGACAAGAACUUGCCAAAUGCAUUAUAUCAAGAAACAGAUCAGGAGAAAAAAUGACAUUUAGAAAGAUGUUUGAAGAAAUAGAAAAAAGAGGAAAAGAGUUAAAAGGAAGAAACUCUCAUAUUAUUGAGUUAAUAAGAAAUUGGUCUUUUGGAACAAGUAAUAAUGAAAUUAAAUCAAUGGAAGUUAAAAAAGAAGAAAAUAUUAAUCAAAGAAAUUGUGAAAGUGAAAUAAUGUCUCCUAGAAAAAAUUCUGUUGAUGCUAUUGAGAUUAUAAAACCAUCCAAUUCAAGAUAUUUUAGAAGAAAGCCUUCAGAUGGUAAUUCAAUGUUACCACCACCUAUCCAAUUUAGUUCACCUGAUUUAACUGCAAGUUAUAAUUCGUUAACAAAAUCUACCCAAUUAUCUGUUAAUACAAAACAACUAUCAAUAAAAGAUGAAGGUAAAACAAUUGGGCUAAUGUCAAGAACAGAUGGGCUUGUGUCUCCAAUGAAAAGAAGUUGGAGAAAAAGUAGAAUUCAAUCAGCAAUUAUUGAUCUUCCUAAACUUCAACAAAAUUUACAUGAACAAUCAUUACUUAGUCUUUCAUCUACACCAAAUAAUUCUAGUGAACACAUUAUAUUUAAAUCAGAUUCCAAUUAUCAAAAAAGGUUAGAUAAUAUAAUUACAAUGGAAGCAGUUAUUAGAGGGUUUUUAAUUAGAAGAGAACUUUCAAUAAAUAAUCUUCUUCAAAGAAAGAAUGUACUUCAAGAAAUUGUUCAAACAGAAGAAAAUUUAUGUAAAAAUAUGAAGUUGAUGGAUAAAUAUUUUAGAAUACCGUUAAAAGAAAUGGCUAAUAAAGGAUUAUUAAAUGAAAAAGAAGUUAUAAAUGUAUUUACAAUGGCAUUUGAUAGGUGCCUUCAUAAUAGUGAAGAAAUAUCUAAUAGAUUUAAAGCGUUAUAUGAUAAUCUUAAAUUUGAUACAUUGAUUGGAGAAGGAUUAAAUGAAUCAUUUUAUCUUGUAACUUCAUUAUUGGUAUUUACUACUGAUUAUAAUAUUUCUUUAAAAACUUGGAAAGAAAUUAAAAAGAAUAAAUGUGUUAUUGCAUUAAUAGAAAAUAAUUUAAAAAUAAAAGAAUUAGAUAAUAGAACACUUGAACAAUUACUUAUUCAACCAGUUCAAAGAACAAUGAGAUACCCUAUGCUCAUUAAUGAACUUAUAAAAGCAACUAAAAAAGUACAUAAAGAUUUUGGGUUAUUAAAGAAGUCAUAUGAUGAAUAUCAUUUUUUCUCUCAAGUAGUUGAUGAAAGAACUAAAAUGAGAGAUGAUUUACAAAGACUUUGUGAAAUUUUAGGCAAACCUGAAUAUUUUAUUUUUGGUAGAAUCCUUAUUGGAGAGUACAGAGUUGAAUUAAAAGAAUCAAAAAAGAAAAACGCUGUUGUAUAUUUAUGUAAUGAUAUUAUUUUAAUUAGAAAAGGUAAAACCAAAGAAAAAAUUGUUUUAGAAGAGUUUCCUUUAAAUGGUAAUGUUGUAGCUGAUAUCUCUAAUAGAACUGUUACCAUUAAACAGUUUAGAAAUGAACAAUAUAAAACAUUUAUAUUUGAAACUACUCAAAGUGCUUCUGUUUUUACACAAAUUGUUAAUGGUACAAUUAUGGAUGGUUGGUAUGUUCUUGGUGAUGACAGGUCAUAUGGUAAAUUACUAAGUAGUUUUAUUAAAUAA